AGAUCUACUCAAAUUACUAUGAUUCUAUUUAAAUUUAUCGAAAAAAAUCACAAUAUAUGAAACAACGCCCUCUAGCGUUCACUGUGCUAACUAAAUUGCUUGGAGUUUAUAUAUUUUUUAAAGCUGGACAAAAAUUCUUUCAAACAACAUCAAGUUUAUAAAAAUCUGCUCAACAGAACCGGACUUAAAAACAUUUUUUUAUAACAAAGUUCCCACUCUCCCCCACCUCUUAAUUAAAAAGAUAGACUAAAACUUGUGAAAUGAAAAAUUCGCAAAAUUUGUUAAAAAAUUCGGUUCUUAUAUAAAGAGCCACUUAAUUGGGUAAAUUUUCCACUUUUAUUGUAAUUUGUUUUUCUCUGUAACACAAUCCGUUCCUGAAAUAUGACCGAUGGCCGGUUUUAGUUGUCCACCCGGUAUAUAUAUUUCAAUAUUCAGUUGAUUCGUUUCAUACUCCAAGCAUGUGGGAGUUCAAACUAUCAACAUCAGAAAACGAAUCAUCAUUUUAUCAUAAAUUAUUAAUGGUCAGCUAAAAAUUAAGAUAAUGUGUUUCAAUCCUCACUGUACUGCCUUUGUGUGAUGAUUAUUUCUACAUAAAUAAAAAUGAGACACUGUUUGAGUUAUUUAUAUUUCGUCAUGACGAUAAUAUGUAUGCGGAUUGAUGUUACAUCAACCGAUUGUUCGUUAGAACAAAGAGAAGAAUAUGAUUCAAAUCCGAACUACUAUUAUUCCAGACGAGUAAUAGCCAUUCACGCAACGUAUACAUGUCAAUGUGUCGAAUUUCCAUUCAAUAAACCUUUGCCAUGGAACAAUGAGUGGAAGAAUACUGUAAUAAUCGAAAAUUCCAAUUUGACAGUUAUCGAUUCUGCGGAAUUUUUAGAUAUUUCUGAUGUUUUGCAUCUAACUUUAUCCGGCAAUCACAUCAAAACUAUAUUACCAGGAGCUUUUACAGGACUAACAUUUUUAACAACAUUACAAUUGGAUCAUAACGAAUUAACGGAUUUACCACAAAAUAUUUUCAAUUCUUUAAUCGAUUUGUCAAGUUUAGACGUUUCUAAUAACGAUAUCAAACAAAUUCAUCCCCACUUUUUAAUCGGUAUAUUGAACUUGGGCUCUUUAAAUCUAUCUCAUAAUUCUUUAAGGUACUUCAAUUACACAUUUCUGGGCCAAAAUUAUAAUUUUAAUGAAAUUAAUUUAAGCCAUAACAAUAUAUCAGACUUGAUUUUAAAUAAAACCGAUUUAAGUAUAAGUAAAUUAGAUGUGUCUUAUAAUAAUUUGUCUGUUAUUAAUUUAUGUGUACCUGGUGUGAAUAAACUAGACGCUAGUUUCAACAAGAUUCGAUUUAUACUGUCAGACUGUUCGAAUUCACAACUUACGAAACUGGAUCUCAGUUACAACUUGUUAACCGAGACAAAUAUUAAUAAUAUUUCCGAAUUAACGUCGUUGAAUUAUUUAAAUCUCGCUGGAAAUAAUAUAACUUUCGUUUCGUCUAGUGUAUUUGCUAAUUUAAAUCAGUUGGUACGUUUAAAUUUAUCUCACAAUAAAUUGAGAACUUUAAGUUACGGAAUGUUCGAUAAUAUGAGAUAUUUGGAGCACCUGGAUAUUUCUUAUAAUAAUUUAACGUCGUUGAAACGGCAUUUACACUCUCUUGUGACAUUAAAAACUUUAGAUGUGAGUAAUAACAAUUUGAAAAGUAUCGAUAGCAAGCAAAUGUUGGUUGAAAUGCCUAAGUUGAAAAGCAUAAAUUUAGAUCGUAAUAAUUUCGCUUGUAAUUUAUUGAUUGAGAUAUUUCACGAUUUAAACGAAAAAGUGGUGAAUAGUAAUAAUAACAUAGGGUCAAAUAUUCACGGUAUUUCUUGCGAUGAAUACGAAUUUGACGUGACAGAUGACGGUUCUAAAUUGAAAGGCGUAAUUACGUUUUUGGAAGACGCGAUUUCUUCGAAAUUAGAAAAAUACGAGGGACGCGAGUUCGAGCGUAGCUUCAUGUAUAAUUAUUUCAAUAAAGAUUUCAAGGAAAGUAAUUUUUAUAAGUAUUUGGAAAGUCUUAAUUUGAGUAAUUUAAAUGAUACUGCUUUGGUGAAAUUUUUUAACGACGAUUUUCCCAAUAGUCAAUUUUAUAAAUUUUUGGAAAACUUGGAAAAAAGUGAAAAUUUCACGUUGGAAUUUAAUAGAAGUAUUUAUAAUUAUUUCAAUAGAAACUUCAGUGAUACUAAUUUGGUGAAAUAUUUAGAAAAAUAUAAGGAUUUCAUCGGGAACGAUUUUGAAAAUACGGGCAUGUUCAGUUUCUUUAACGAAGGUUUUAAAAACACUACUUUUUAUCGGUACAUGGAAAAUUCGAAAUUAAACUUCGACACCAAGCAACAAAAUGUAAAUAGUGAAUAUUUUCACAAACCCGAAGAAAAAACAACAAAUUAUUUUUUAAUUCUAUCAGUAAUUGUCGUAUUAUUAAUUAUAUCAGUUACAAUUAAAGUAAUAAACUUUUAUAAAAAUUUUAAACAACACAUGAUUAUAGAAAGGGAACAAGUCGAACUUGUCGGCAAUAAUGUCUAAUAAAAUAUAAAUUUAAACUAUUAUUCCUGCCUAUUUGGGCGAAAUCUUGACCUUGAUUCGUCAAUAAACACCAACUUUCAUUAUUGGCAUCUAAAGGUCGAUUCACACAUAUCUGUGCCGUCACGUACCGUACCGUGACCUUCACUGGAAAAAAAUGUCAGCCGACGAAAUAGGGUCCUUGCAGUGGUCGGUAAUUUGGAUAUUUAACGGUUACUGCGGUUGUGACGUAGAAAGUAAGUAAAUACUGAAACGUAAUCGCCGCGUGUCGCCUUUCAAACGUCAUUCUGUUGUGAGUGGAAAUAAUUGUUUGUGCGUUCACUACUCUUGAAAAUAAUCCACCAGAGAAUAUAUCGAAAAUGUAAAGAACAACUAGAUGAAACGCAGUUUGGAUUUGGAGAAGGAUUAGGAACUAGAGAAGGAUUAUUCGCUAUUACAACAGAAAUGCAGAGAAUACAACAAAAAUGUAUAUGUCUGUUUCAUUGAUUUCCAGAAGGUCUUCGAUAAAGUCCAACGCGAUAAACUUGGCUAUAUAGACGCAUCCUCCCAUACGGGAAACCCCAGAGUUGACAAAGGGGCCAGUCCUGGGAAGCCUAGCUCCGGCGUACCUGUAUUGGCACUUGCGUGGGCCAGACUACUUAACUCAGCUUCGGCCAUACCAAUGAUUACCCAGGCUUAGCACAAGAUUUUUACAGCAGUAGUAAUAAUAUUUUAGAAAGUAAUAGCAGUAAAGAUAAAGAAGAAAAGUUAUGUAAUGAAUAAGUCUUGGUAUCUAACUUUGGCCCGGUCCUAUCAGUUAAGGUUGGCCCAGUCUUGGCCCAUCGUUAUCACUCCAGAGUUUUACCAAGACUGGGCCAAGCUUGGCGUAGAAUUCUACAUAGUUGGGCCAAGGUUGGGCCCUUGAAACUUUCCUCUAUGAGCUGAAGAUACCCUGGACUGAUAGAAUCACCAACGACGAAGUACUAAGACCCAUUGGUCGCAAAAGAAAGCUGUUGACAAUUAUUAAGAUAAGAAAACAUCUUACAAAGGACACAUCUUACGCAACGACAAAUACUUACUGCUACGGAACAUAAUGCAGGGCAGAGUAGAGGGGAAAAAAGGCAUCGGCAGGAAAAAUAAAUCUUGGCUCCGUAACAUAAGACAAUGGACAAAUUUCGGUGUCGGAGAAUUGUUUCCUGUUGCGAUGGACAGAGACGCAUUUAAAAACGUUCACGCCAACCUUCAAUGAGAAGACGCCAUGAAAAGAAGAAGAGGAAUCGUUCUUUAGCUUUUCAUUACUAAAUAUGUUCUGAAAUAACUGUGAUGGAAUUGGAAAUUGAUCCCUUCAUUGAGAAAACGGCAUGAAAAGAAGAAGAAGUACGAUUUGUGUUUUUGGUAUAAGUUUCAAAGACUAUUCUAAUUAAAAUGAUGGCCGAAAUAGAAUUUAUCGGAGCAAGAUCGGACAAUAUACCAAAGGUAGAUGCAUUCUACGUUCUUUGCUAAUAAUCAAUUAUUUACUUCGGCUGAAAUACGUGGAGCAAAAUCAGUACUAUCAGUAUUGUUUGCUUGAACUUUAUUAAAAUGUAAAUUAUAACUUUGGAGGUUAUGUUUUGAUUAAAGCUUUCGAUGUUAACAACAUUUGUAUUAUCUUUCGAUGCUGGUCGAAGUUAUACGAUUAUUUUUGUCGUUUUAAUGCCAACGGACGAGGUAUUUCACGAAAUACUCUUUUCCGGUCUUUCCGGCAAUCGAAUUUGGUUGUAACAGCAAUUUUUUUUAGAAUUUUUUUGCAUUGUGUUAGUUUCUACCAUACCAAUAGAUAAAACUUACAUUAAAAUGGUCUUCACAAACAUAUACUGAGCUAUCAGGUUUGACGCUAGCAAAAUCCCUUCUUAUAGCUUGAAAUCAUUGUUUUCGUCGCUUUUUCUCUCGAGGGAUUUGCACCAAAACUUUAUUUGGUGUUUUUAUGCCAGUGUUUGUACAUUCUGGUACAUUGCACCAACGAUACUCACAGUCGUGUGAGUGUUUUUUUUUAAAGAAUCUCAACAAAUAUGUUUAAACUGUAUUUACUUCUAACCUCACUUAAGUCUGUUUACUUACUUUCUACGUCACAUACGUCAUGUAACAACAAAUGCGUUUUGACGAGUCAUUUAUCAAAUAUCUCCGACACUAUCAGUGCUCUUCCGGUAUCCACCGUGAAAAUAAGAAAUACGUCUUGGGCGAUAUUUUCAGUUUAAUUUCCACCUGUAUUUUACUAAAAAUUUCGUUAGCCGAAAUUUUUUUUCCACUGAAGGUCACGGUACGCGGCACGGAUAUGUGUGAAUCGACCUUAAUACAUUUUUUGUGUUAUCAAUCUGAAUUUAACCUUGUUGCAUGAUUGCCACGUGCUAGACAUAGAACUCUUAUGCCCCAUCCACACGUUGGUUAUUUGUAAUGAACAUCGCUAGUGACAAACAAAGCUCCAAACGCCAAUCACAAUAUUUAGCGAACGUUCAUAACGUUCCCGAUCGGCAAACAUGGCGGACGACGAGCUUGUGGCAGCUCUUACUUUCGGGUCAACAUAUUUUUAUUACAAAUUCAACCAAAAUGGAAUAAAAAGAAAAAGGAAAAAGCGAAAACGAUGGUGGAUAACCAAACACCGAAUACUGCCGAACACCAACAUGCAAACAACGAUAAACACCCAUCGACACUUUCGUGGUCGCUGUUUGCUACUGAUUGACAAGCGUGUGAAUGGGGCUUUAGUGAUUUUGUGAAGUGGUUUCAUGCAAACGUUUGAAAAUCAGAAGCUACCACAGUGACAUUCCUUUGCGCACGUGGGCUCACGUGAACUACCUGUGUAACAUGAUACUUUAAUGUUGUAAGUUUGUGCUUUUAUACAGCAACUUGAGUAGCACCACCUUGUAACAUUAGAGCGCCCUUUAAAAUUAAUUUUUCUUUUCAAUGAUAUUAAUUUUGUGUGAGAUACUCAUAACCAAAAAUAUUGUGUAAUAUUUAUUGAUAUAUGCCUAGUUCAUGUUCAUGCUGUGUUUUAAAUUUGCAAUAUUGACAAUUGAACCGACAAAGACAAUCAUUGAACAAAAUCUAUACAAAGUGUAAGUGAAAUCAUUGCUCGCGUAUUAAGGAAAAUUACAUUCUAAGCGCAGGCAGCCAUGUUGCAUCAACCUACGGUGUUGUAAGAUCUACUGUUAUCAAAAUGAGGUAAUCGUGUCAGAUUUUUGCCUUUUUUUAUUUGUAUUUUUUAUAACUUCAAAAUAAAUACGGCCGUCAAAAUUUAUUUUCAAUUUUUUGAAUUGAAUGUAACCAUAGUAAAUUCUCAUUUUAUAUCAUGAAAAAAACAUCACAAUAUGGCAACUUUGUAAAACAUUUGUCGCAUUAUGAUUAUACAGGGUGAUUAACAAUCUUAUUAGUACUUGUAAAUAUACACCUUUUUACACACAAAACGAAUUUUUUUGAGAAAUAAAUAAACAUCUAUUGCUAUUAUAUGUACAUAUGUUUAUAUACUUUCUAACCAAUAGGACAACGUCGAAUAAUUUUCAAUGAAUAGUAAUUUUUGGCUUCAAUUUCUUUCUUGUUUAUAAUUUGAACAAAUAUGUUAGUUAUAUAUGUAUCGUUUAUAUUUAAUAGUAUUUUUAUAAAAAAUUGUAACAAUCAUAAUAUAAAUAAAAUUUUAUCAAUCUAACCAAUCAAA